AUGGAAAGAAUGCCUCUUGCGACUACGCUUCCUUUAUCCUUUCACAGUUUUCCCAAUUUACCAUUUGAAUUGCGUCUAAGAAUCUGGCGCUACUCUUUUCUUCCCCGCUGCGUUGAACUUCAUGCCCGCAGAUCACAUUACGCCGACAACUUCCAACACGGAGGUGUGCCAAAAUGGCAAAGUCGAUGUUACAAUCCCGCCCUAUUGUCAGUUAAUCUUGAGGCGAGAUUUGUCGCACUGGACUAUUAUCGCGUCAAACUACCCCUUGCAAUGAUUGCGCCUUAUGAACAUGCUGGCGAUGACAUCAACGACCCAGAUCGCGUGUUGUACAUUAACCCCGCCGUCGACACCGUCGCUGUACUGGGUGAUCUAGACUACGGCAGAAUCUCACGACUGCUAAAAGGCUUGCGAACCAGUGAUCCGGAGGGACAAGGUCUGCAGAAAUUCGCUGUCAGCGCCAGCUGGACGUAUCAUCAAGGAGCUGGUGACACGAUCAGGAUGUUAGCCAAGCACAUGUUUCCCGAGCUAGAAGAGAUGACUGUGUUUAUGUACGAUGAGAAAAUGCCUCCUGCGGACUGGACUGGUGGAACGUGUGAACUGCAAGAUUGUAACCAUACAGACUAUUACAAGCGGUAUGCAAUGGGAAGAGGCCAACAAAUGAGGGAUGGCGAUAGAUGGAUGGUUAUUGGGAGAAAAGAGCUGAGGGUAAUGGAGCUGAGGUUUAGGCAUGGAUGGUAA